GCAGAGGGGCGAUAUACUCGAGGCAAUAUUAUCAAAUAAUGGAGGUUGGAACUUCUUUACAGGGUUUGGUUUAAAUGUUAUGGGAGCGAACCGAGGAGUAGGAUGACAGCAACUGUAGGAGUUUGUGUAAUCGCAUUAAAUAAUUCUGCGUACAGCCACCCUGCCAAACUCAGGGUGAUAGGAAACCGAGUACACCACCAUAGAAUCUUAUACGAACUCACACCAACCCAUCAACAUUCGAUGACAUUCCAUACCGCAGACCCAGAUCUUCCACAAAACCAGAGAUUCUACUGCAAGCACAAGCUAUCUACUCCUCCAAACCGACUUUCUUCUCCAACCCGCCGGAACAAGCCGACGAUCUUGAUGAAAAAAGGGUGGUUCGCGUCAAUCGGGGGUAGUGUAAGCCCGAUGACACUGUGCGGCGGAGUAUGCGCAAGCACAGAGGCUCCGCCGCGGGGUCCAAAAAUGAGAUUAAUCAAUGUUGUGUCCCUUAGGACACUUUCAGAGAUUAAACUGAAAAGAACAGAUACUACACUUGAUCUAAGCCAAAAGGCAAAGAGAGCUGGAAAAGAAAAGAAAAAAAACUUCCAAAGGACGGCGGGUUCGAGGAGUAUUUAUGUUCUUUGGCGAGUGGUCCGUGCGGCGCUAGUGAGGUCACCUCGCUAAUAAUUCGUCAAGCGAGGUAUCUUGAUGCCUGAAUAUGACAAGGCAUCAAACUGUCUUCGCCUCCAUGCCCCGUCAACGGAUCACCUGAAAAUCCCGCCCCUAACCCUGUACCUGUGCCCUAGCCCUAACACGCAACUUUAUUCGGCAAGCGCACAUCGAGAUGAAGUAGCGGCUCCACCGUUGCAAGAUUAAUCCCGCGACUCCAACAAGACC